AUGACCUCGACUACCACCCAUCGAGGUCACUGCGACGUCAUGCAGGCCUCCUCGUCGCUACCAACCCCAGGCUCCAGCAGCGUUAUGUCCCCUCGAAAGCCAACGCGUUAUCCAGUGUAUUCUCCAGACCACUUUGUGUCACGCUCGAAGAUGACGCAGAGCGAGGACGUGUCUCACAAGCGCUGGAAGAAACCACCCAGCACACCACGUUGCUCGGUGGGGAAGACGACUGAAAGAACGCCUUUACUCAGUGCGUGUGGGGAAGGGCAGGAAAGCCACAGCCAGCAGCCUACGGAGACUCCCGUCGUAACGCUUCCACGACGGAAAAAACCCUUCUAUCGAGCACGACCUCUGUGGCUAGUUCCGUUUGCUGUUGUGGCAGCCCUCGUCGUCAGUAUGCACUUCCUUUUCGAAGUUCGCAAUCUAACCGAGUUCUAUGACAUCAGCGGGGGAUGA